CAGCUUAACGAGACAAGUGCAAGAAAUGUUAUCAAAGCUGAUUAUGAUGAUAAGAGAGAAGAAACCAGAGUUACCAAUCUACCAGAUGCUUCAAUUGUGGAAAACAAGGACAUAGAGUCCAUGAAUGCCCUGAGCCAAGGAGAAUGCCACUACAAUGAGGAUGAAGUUUACAUUGCUACUAGAUUACAACACCAGCCAUAUACUGUUAAUUGUCCUAAAAAGGAUGAAUUGAGUAAGGAACCUACUGAGAGAAUUGUAAACCAGCCACGACAAACAGAACAAGUACAACCGGCACAACAAGAAGAGCACACCCAAUUAACACAACCAGCAGAAAUAGAGAUUAUGGCUGAACCUGCAAAAGAGAAAGCUAAGAAUGCCAUGCCACGAGUUAAGCACUAG